CGACGUUGAUUGGCCCGGCAAGUGGCAAAUAGCAGAGGCCACCAGGUGCAACUGAUUAAGUCCAAACCUCUACCUGUACUUGUACCGCGGCGGGACGCGGCGUCUUCACACGGUGUUCUGCAGCUGCGAGAAAAACCUUUCACUUGGAUCCAUGGCUGGUCUCAGGGUCGAGCUGCUGCUGGUGGUCCUGACGGUCCGGACUGGGCCUCUGCUUCUGGUGUCGGCGCAGGGCUGGGAGCGCAUCGACGACGCUCACGUGCUCAGUCUGUACGACGCGGGACACUGGGGCGAUGCUCAGAGCGUCACACGGCCGGAUGACGACAAUGGCAAGGAUGAGGUAGAACCAAUUCCUGAAGAUGCAUUUCCCAACGUUGAAGCUGCCACCACCAGUGACACUGACACUUUUGCUGACCAUGGAUUCCAUGUGGAAGGUGAAGCUCUGGAUCCAAGAAACUGGGCCAGCAGUGAAGAAGGUGGAUUCCAGGUGGAAUUCAUAGACGCCCCGCCAAGGAGCUGGACCAGUAGUACCUCCUCGAGCUCUUCUGGCCUGGAUGUUGUUUGUUUUGAAAAUGGCUUCCAAAUAACAAUGCCAACAGGUCAAAUAAGUGAAGUUAAAGUUUUGGGCUCGAGAGACCUGUUGUCUGUCAUGGACGCUCCAGAGUCUUGUGGUUUUGAUGUGGACACUUUUAGGAACACUUUGACUGUACCCUUCGGUGGGUGCCAUGUGAAACAUUCAUUUCAGACAGACGGCUACAGCCUGCAGUUAUUGUAUGUCAAUGACUUGGGUCAAACACAAGUUACUACUGCUUCUUGUGAGACCAGCCCGAAGUUUAACCCUGGCCUGCUCCCGCGCUCCAGUGACCAACCCCAGUUGAAGGCAAAGUGCACUGCAUCACCAUCAAGGGCACAAAAUUGUGCUGUCCCCGAGGGAGAGCAGGUGACUUGUGGCGACUCAGGAAUGUCUUCCUCAGAUUGUGAGAAUAUGGGGUGCUGUGUGGAUUCUUCUACAUCUGUUUGCUACUAUCCACUGGAUGAGUGCACUGGGGAUCAACACUUUGUUUUUGCCAUUCGGUACAACUCUGCAACCAUCCCUGUGGACCCCACCAAGCUUGUUAUUCCUGGAAAUACAAACUGUAAACCAGUCAUUGUUAAUGACCAGGUGGCCAUCUUCAAGUUCAAAGUUACUGAAUGUGGGACUCGUGCUUAUGAAGUUGGUGAGACAAAGAUCUACCUGGCUGAGGUGCAGACUAUUGUCAAAGCUCUAAACCUCAAGUAUGGCAUAAUUACAAGAAGUGACCCACUCAGAUAUUUGGUCGAGUGCCGCUACAGCAAAGACGGCAGUGCUCAGCAGUCACUGGCCAGCGUUGGCUACAUGGUCAAGACUCCUUCUUCCAGCAUGCCCUCAUCAGUCCUCUCAACUGGUUUAUAUGCUGUUCAGUUGAGAAUUGCUAAAGAUAAGACGUAUUCAAGUUACUGGCCUUCUUACUAUCAGCCCUUACGACAGCUCCUUGGCAAUCCAGUGUACCUUGAACUGAAAAUCAAGUCUCCUAAACCAGAUGCAGUAAUUCUUGUCAACUACUGUCUAGCUUACCCACGUUCUGCAAAGAAUGCACUUGUGCUUAUCUAUGAAGGCUGUGCCAACCCUUUUGAUACCAACGUGUCCAUCCUUAAAGUUAGUGACCUUCCCACAAAUCGCAACCAGAGGCGCUUUGUGGUCAACGCCUUCCAGUUUAUGGAUCAAACGACAAACAAGUACCUUGAUGAAGAAAUCUAUUUCAUGUGCUCUACUGAAGUUUGUAAACCAUUGGAAAAGACCUGUGAAGAGCGGUGCUUUGAUGGAAAGGCACCAUAAGGAUUUGCUGAAAGAUCUAUAAAGAUGAACUGAAAAAAUAAAUGCUACUUUUUAUAA